UGGAGCUAGUCUGCAUGGACUUCCUCUCAAUAGAACCAGACAGUAAAAACACUAAAGACGUCCUAGUGAUCACAGAUCAUUUUACAAAGUAUGCUGUGUCCAUUCCAACCAAAGACCAGAAAGCCACCACCGUUGCAAAGAACUUAUGGGAGAACUUCCUAGUUCAUUAUGGCUUUCCAGAGCGACUUCAUAGCGAUCAAGGGAGAGACUUUGAAUCGCGUACAAUCAAAGAACUGUGCUCUCUGCUCGGUAUCCGCAAAGUCCGAACAAGUCCUUAUCAUCCUCGUGGCAACCCUGUUGAGCGAUACAAUCGCACGUUACUCAGUAUGCUCGGUACCUUGAAAGACACCGAGAAACACCACUGGCGUGACUUUGUAAAACCACUUACUCACGCUUAUAACUGUACAAAAAAUGAUGUAACAGGCUAUUCUCCUUAUGAGUUAAUGUUUGGUAGACAGCCUCGCUUGCCCAUUGAUAUUGCCUUUGGUUUGCCACAACCAAACAAGCCACACGUGACUCACUCUCAAUACGUCAAGCAGUUGAAAAGCUACCUCGAACAGAGCUACGAAAUAGCCAUCAAAAACUCCCAGAAAGUAGCAGACAAAAACAAGAAACGAUUUGACAAAAUCAUCCGUGAAUCCACACUAGAUGUGGGAGAUCAAGUCUUGGUUCGGAAUCUCCGCCUGAGAGAGAAGCACAAAUUAGCGGACAAAUGGGAGCAAACAGUGUAUAUUGUUACCAAACAAAUGGAAAACUUACCAGUAUAUACUGUAAAACCAGAAAACGGAGAUGGACCCAACAGAACGCUCCACAGAGAUCUGUUACUUCCCUGUGGAUUUCUCUCACCAACAGAGCAUGAACCUGAGCAAGUCACAAAAACUAACAGACCACGCACGAGACAAAUUUCAGCUUUGGAAGUUGACUCAGACCAAACACUUGAGGAAGAGGAAGAUGAGUUUUAUUACCCUGAACCUCCACAAGUGAAAGACAGACAUUUUUACCAAGUAUGUGCCAUACCACCAACACAAGGAUUCAAACAAAACAAAGAUCCUGUAAAUGAUAACGAACGAUCUAAUACAUUACCGGACAUGACAGACUUACCUGGAAAGGAAACUGAGAACGAAACUGAAACAUACUUACCUGAUGGCGAAAUUGGAAGUUCAACUAACACCAACUUACCUCAAAUGGACAGUGAAACAGACCUACCUCCGACAGAACGUGGAAGUGAAGCAAACUUACGACGAAGUGAAAGUGACACAAGCCUACAAAACAACACACCAAGUGAGUCUGAAACAGAUACUCGAAAAGACAAAAAUGUUUUGUCGACCAGUUUGUCAGAUUCACCGUUGUCAGAGAACUCAACUCAUCAACUUUCACCUGAAAGACAAGUUGAAAAUGAUGACGAACCUGACACCUUGCAAACAGAAACACAGAUCAGAAGAUCUGAAAGAAUUCGCCAACCGUCCCAAAGACUCACUUAUCCUCAGCUAGGUAACCCACUAGUAACAGUGGUUAAAUCACUCUUUCAAGGAUUGAACAAAGCUUUCAUCGACUCCCUUGCUAAUGAUGUUGACUAUUCCACUAGAACCAUGCACGGGGACGUGCAUGAGAUUUAA